CUCCGCUUUUCACUUGUAAAGUGAAGUGAAUGGCUGGCAGAUAGUUUUGUUGUGAAAUGCUCACCACUUGAAAUACGAAGCUGGUUACUCCGUACGAAGAGGUCACUUUCUCGUCACUCUAGUGAACGACGCCAAAGGAACAGAAGAGGAACUUUGCCCGUAUCUGUUCGGGCAGCGUGAAGAUUGUUACCAGGUGGAGCUGAGACCCGAGUCAUUCUUGUUGCCUGCCUUCGUCAACAUAUUAAGUUCUAGAUUUCAUAAAACUUUCCAGUCUUUCCCUUAUCCCUAUCUCCCUUUGUCUUUUUCCUAGAUACACCUCUCUACAAAGCUCAAGGUCAACCUACACUCCCUGCGUCGCAAAAAGCCACCUGUUGAUACUGAAUUAUCCUAUCAACUGUCACUCAUAGUACUCCCUUGCAGGUACCAGAAAGUGACGCCUUGGCUCCUACAUGAACCAGCGAACACAAAACAGAGGUGUCCUUCGCUCCAAUCUUCAAUUUCGGUCCCAUAUCUGACAACCUUGUUAAGUGUCGGCAUGUAUCAGUGCCAUCAUUGUCUGCUGACUUUCGCGCCACUUUGUACUUCAAUCUGAACCCAAGCAGAUAAUAGUUAUCCCUCCAUCCAUCCAGCUGACAGCUUAAGAAAUCCACAGUUCAGAUCGAUAUUUAUGAUCUUUUGAACAACUUGGUUUCGCCACGUCUUCCCUCACCACGCGGCUCGACAACGCAUCUCCACCGACGACACUGCGAUACACGUGAAGCGCAUUGUCACGACUGUUUUGGGAGACGGUAGCUCUAUCUGGAGGAGGACACUUUUAAUGGGAGUCAGCCAUGGCUGAGAACGGCGGAGUGAACCCUCAUGCCCAUGCUGAUCUGUUGCGACAAGCGAUGCUGCAGAAUUCUUCUAUACAUCAUGACGACGAUGUUCAAGACCAGAUCGGCUCGAUGAGUUCGACUCCUUCCGGUAUCGCGACGCCGCAACCCGACCUAUCCGACAAGCGUUUACCGGGAAUAAUGCACAGCUUCUUUGCACAGGUUGGUGCCAGUUCUGAUUCCGCUUCAGGUGUUGAGAAUCAGGGAACUUCAUAUAUGACAUCUCCACCCCCCGAAACAGUCGGGUCUCAAGCGCAUUUACAAUUCAAUCAAGAGGAGAACAUAUCAGAAAAUAUACCCUCGUUGUCUGGGUCGACGGUCAUGCUGCCCCAUGAUCAGGACUCGAGGAUCGGUGCAAACCCCUCCGCUCAGCCAAGACAGGGUUCUUUUGAGGUGUUGAGACCUUCAGACUUUAACCCCUUGCCCACACCUCCCCAUUCCUCAUCGUCAUUUUGUUCUAUCGCUCAGAAAGAUGGUGAAGAAGCAGAAAAUGGGGCAGCUGCAGUCGACAGGGGAAUGACUUCUAUCUACCAAGCUUUGAAAAAAUUUAUCUUGCCGAAGACCGCUAUGAAAUCUAGACGACACACUUCUUAUCCUGUUUCUAGCAUCUCUCAUGAUUCAGUCCAUGCCUCUCAUUUCUCCAACCCUUGUCUCCCUGAUUCUUCAACAUCUCUAACUUGUGAUGAUUCUCAAAAUAUCUCCAAAUCUUCUGAAGAAUUGGUAAAGCUGACUGACAACGCGGCUGUGAUCCUUCCUAUAAAGAAUACGCCCCCACUUACCCCUCGCGCGAUGUCGAACGAGCUUCAUCCAGCCGACAAAAGAACCGGAUAUUCAUCGGCCAGUUCACCGGCUCGCAGUCAACCCGAAGCGCGACCGAGCGAUCGCGGUUCAGUGACGCCGACCGGAUCGUCUUCUUCUCAACAUGGGACCUUAUCGGAAUCCAAUGGUCCGCCAGUUACACCUUUAAAGGGGAAACUAUCUGUCAAUAUAUCCGAAGGAAGAGGCCUGCGUCCUAGUUAUGACCCCUACGUGGUAUGUGUUUUUGAAUGGAACGAAUAUAUCUCCAAGGGCGCCCACCUUGAACAAUCAUAUCAGACAGAAAACAGGAAUAGGAACCAGCUCGAGGCCUUGACUUCUGUGCCUAUCCAACGUUCCAAUAGUGACUCGGGGCGUCCGAUGGCAAUUCCAAUGAAAAGUCGACAGAGCAGUCAAAAUAGCAUGCUAGAUGGAUACAACCACAGAACCACGACCCAAGUCACAGAUCCCCAGUGGAACCAUGAAGCUGUUUUCGAUGUUCUCGGUGAUGAAUCGGAGAUCGACGUUUCCGUCUAUGACCGCUCGAACCAAGAGGCUUUCUUAGGUCAUGUCAAGUUACGACUUAACCUGAAAGAAGAUAAAAAGUCCGUCGCCGGAUGGUUCCCUCUUGAGGCACGAGGUCAGGGCGAUGGCCACGUCUCUGGUGAAAUUCACUUGCAAAUGUUUUUCCAAAAGACGGACAAAAAGCAGGUCGGUCCGAACGAUUUUCAGAUCCUCAAGCUCAUUGGAAAGGGCACUUUUGGGCAAGUGUAUCAAGUCAGGAAGAAGGACACACAGCGAAUAUAUGCGAUGAAAGUUCUCUCAAAGAAGGUCAUUAUCCAAAAAAAGGAAGUGGCACAUACGCUCGGCGAGAGAAAUAUUCUUGUCCGCACUGCGACGACAGAUUCUCCGUUUAUCGUUGGCCUGAAGUUCUCUUUCCAGACUCCGUCCGAUUUAUAUCUCGUGACUGACUACAUGUCUGGCGGAGAGCUAUUUUGGCAUUUACAAAAGGAGGGCAGAUUCCAGGAACCCAGAGCUAAAUUCUACAUCGCAGAGUUGAUUCUCGCUCUUCAGCAUUUGCAUCAACAUGACAUUGUCUACCGCGACUUGAAGCCGGAGAACAUCUUGCUCGAUGCCAACGGACAUAUCGCUCUUUGUGAUUUCGGGCUGUCCAAAGCCAAUCUUACAAAGAAUGACACCACCAACACGUUCUGUGGGACCACGGAGUAUCUGGCCCCAGAGGUGCUCCUCGACGAACAAGGUUACACGAAAAUGGUGGAUUUCUGGUCCCUUGGUGUUUUAGUGUUUGAGAUGUGUUGCGGGUGGAGCCCAUUCUACGCAGACGAUACGCAACAGAUGUACAAGAACAUCGCCUUCGGGAAAGUUCGCUUCCCUCGAGACGCCCUGAGCGCGGAAGGCCGGAACUUCGUGAAGGGAUUACUUAACCGAAACCCGAAACAUCGUCUUGGCGCCAAGGAUGAUGCAAGAGAAUUGAUGGCACACCCAUUUUUCCACGACAUUGACUGGGAUGCGAUGAGCCGGAAGGACGUCAUUCCUCCAUUCAAGCCGAAGUUGAAGUCUGUUUCCGACACUUCAUAUUUCGACCCAGAGUUCACCACUGCUCUUGAUAACUCCGCCUCCUUGAAUGCCCGCGCUGCCGCUCUCGCCGCAGGGGCAGCCACCGAGUCCACACCGCUCUCGCCAGGAAUGCAGGCCAAUUUUAAAGGGUUCACAUUCGUAAAUGAAAGCACUAUGGAGCAGAACAUGAGGGAUCUCCAUCAUGAUUCCAUGGAUGAAGACUUCAAAGAAGAUGACUCGUGGAUCAACCGGACCAGGUCCGCCGAGAGCAUCGAGUUUGAGCACCGGAUGAGCGGAGUGGCGAGAACUCAUGAUGAAGGAGGAAUCUUCAGUGACGAUUAUCACUUUGAGAUGUGAAAUAUACCCGCGAGAUAUCCCAUAUACAGCUUGCAUUUUUCACACCAUUUUACAUGAUGUACAUGACCGGGCAGGAGGAUCUGAUUUCGAUAUUUCGCGCUUUGCUGUGCUACCUUUCGGAGGAGCCGUAUUACGGUAUCUGAUCCAACCAAAACCAAAAAAAGUCAUCCGGUGUUGUUUCUUUCUUUUUUUUCUCCUAUUUAUCUUGCUCCAUGCAUGCAUGCGUUGCGUACUCGGAAGUGAUCAAAAUCCAUAUCAUCUGUCAAAGCUGUUCCGUUCUUUGCAAACAUCUGCAUUGGAUUUGACUAUGAUAUUCUCCAAAAGUCGGCGAGUUGCUGCUGACUAGUAUUGACAUCUAUCGUGCUUUUUUACCCUCAUACCCCUCCGGAGUCUAGGGAAUAAAUCUCACUCCGUGCUAUCAUUCUUGUUUCCCCGUCGCUACCCCGCCCCCAGUUUCUCAGUGGUAAUUACGCUUGUCUCCGUGGCCCAUUUCUCUCCUCCAUUUGCUACUUGGGCUUUCUAUUGCUGAUCUCUCCAGUUUGCUUCGGUCUGGUCUUAUUACUUUUUCUAGCGACGACAUAUGCAUGAAAUGAUGUGGUUCCUGUGGCAUGAAUUUGCCCAGGAAAUGCUUUUACGAGGUUCUUUUUUUAAACAAUUGCAUCAAUAGCACAAUAUAUCUUACUUUACCAUAACUAACAAUAUUUAUGGCUCAUGAGAAAAACGGACAAAAUGUUAGCUUCCUUCCU